GUAAAAUAAUAAACGCCAAACUAUAAGGUCGAAAGCACGAAUUUCUAAAUAAUAAAAAAAAAAUAAUAAUAUAUAUAUAGUAAUAAUUGGAUUAACAUGGAAAAGCAGGAUCCGCCACCAUACACUGAGCAGCCAAUGCCACCGCUACCACCGCAGCCACCGCUACCACCGCAGCCACUGCAGCCACAGGUGGACGCAGUGCCUAUUGCUGUGCCGGCACAGGCAACGCCCCAGGCGCAAAUCCGUUAUGUGCCCGCCCAAACCUAUCAACCGUAUCCGGCUGGACCCACACAGCCGCCCUUAUAUCCGCCCAUGCAACAGCCGCCGGGCAGCUCCACAGUCAUCAUCCACACAAUACCGCAGCGCGUGCCCGUGGGCCGAGAUCCAACAUUCGUGCGCUGUCCGGCGUGUCAGAACGAUGUGAUAACCCGCAUCGAGGCUACGCCCACGGGGCGAACGCAUCUAUGGGCAAUGGUUCUAUGUCUAAUCGGCUGCUGGCCCUGCGUCUGUGUGCCCUACUGCAUGGACUCCUGCAAGCAAUCGAAUCAUUAUUGCCCCGUCUGCAAUGCCUUCAUAGGCAGUCGAGCCGCAUAGGAACGGAACUGACCUAAUCGAGUCACUAAAAUAACUUAUAACUAAACGGGCUUGGAUGACUAAUAAUAAAACACUGACGCUUGCUAACUGCAAAAAAUAAACAGUUUGAGCUGAUAGGAAUCCUAUUAUCUAAAAAUAAAUACAUUCAACUGCCUAUUUAAA